AUGCCAACGACAAAACAACCCUUUUAAUAUUGGUAAUAUAUUUACAAAGAGACAACUUCUGGGAAAAGGCGCAGUUUGCCUCUGACUCUUGGUGUGAUAACAUCAAUAUCUUGAUUUCCUGCCUUCAUUGUUGCGUGUGCCUUAUAUUUUCGUCUCCGGCCAGAUGAUUUUUCGACUGGAUAUGCAUUUUGGACUGCCAAGUGCUCGGGAUUUGAAGGAUAAAAUGCGCUUUCUGCGAAGGCGCCAUACAGACAGUUCACUACGAGACACCAACAAAUUCAACUGCGAGAAGAUUUCUUUACUCGAGGUGGAGGACGUACGGAAAUGGGGCGAAUCAUUCGAAAACUUGUUGAGAGAUAAGAAUGGGCUGGAAGCGUUCAGAAAGUUCCUCCAAACCGAGUUCAGCGAUGAAAACAUCGAAUUCUGGUUGGCCUGCGAGGACUACAAGAAGCUCAAAUCCUCCAAGCUUUCUUCCAGAGCAAGGAAGAUAUACGAUGAUUACGUCACGAUACAGGCCCCAAGAGAGGUUAACCUUGAUUCCAGGACGCGGCUGGAAACCGUCGACAAUCUGAGCGCACCAGACGAGCACACGUUCGACCAAGCCCAAAAGAGGAUAGAAGCGUUAAUGGAGAAGGACUCCUACCCGCGUUUUUUACGGUCCGAGAUUUAUCAGAAGCUCCUACGCGAGAGCAGUAAAAAGGGGAAGUGAUGAGGGCCAGAGUAGCUGCCAUUUGGCGGACUCGACAUGAACCACUUCUUUACACAUUUUUUAAUGUAUUAUAUUAUGAAGAGACGUGUGUUAACUCUGUAGCGGUGAGAAGAGGAGGUAAAGCGAACCAAAGCACUUUUAGUCGUACACUCGUAGAGUUCUGCACCCGAGGGCUACAACAAUAGCUGCAUCAUUGACGUGUUGGGGGUCUUAUAAUAGUGCCCCCUCUGUUGUUGAGAUGAGAUUACUACAGAUGGAGAGUCUUUCCUCCAGCGACUUUUGGAUUCAUGCUGAAUUAAAACUCUGGGAAGUUUUUCUGUUUGUUUAUAGUGAUAUCUCCGUAGCAACGGAUACUCUUUGAUAGCCUAUCAUGAGAACUUGUACAUUUUUAGAUAUUUUUUGUUUUUUCUUUUUAGCCAUUUGGAAACUGCUAUUCUGGCACCUGUCAAUCACAUAAGCAUCACCAUGACAACCAUCUAACAAUGCACCUGUGCACCAUGGUACGGACGACAGAAUCUUGCCACAUUUGUAACUGUAAUAUACCGCCCUCUGUAGACUGCAAUAAUAGCUAACGAUCACCCGGCCUGCUAGUGAAUAAGCAACUCGCCCACCCCCCUGAAUCUGUGUUAUGUGCAAUGUUAUUUAAUGGGUAUUCUAGACUAUUUUAUAUACGAGUUGUAUAAGAAAAUCGUGUGCAGUAGAUGUAAUUGUUGAUUACGUAGUUUGCUCUCUUUGUUUGCUUAAAAAUUAAUUAUUGAAACGUGUGGGUAUAUGUGAUUUAUUCAAGGGAUUUGUAGGUAAAAUGUUUUGGUUGCUUGGGAUAUUUUUUCCAGAAACUCCAGAAGCUUAAGACCUUUUUACAACUCUUGUAUGAAACUUUAGUGUAAUCCUACAUACAUUUUUUUAAUGUGUAUAUCAAACAGUCCAACUCAAGAAAGCUGACAUUCAAGAUUGAUAGAAAAAGAGUGCUUUGCAAGGUAUUUUCCUACUUCAAACUAUAUUUUUAAUAUAAUAACAUCACUGCCAUAGACUAGAAAAUAUGUCAAUAAGUAAUAUUUCUGAUUUCUCCUAAUGUUACAAAAAAAAAAUAUUCAGUUGUUGAAAGAUAUACUAUCAAUUCCAACAAAUAUUCUUUAUCAAAUAUCCUGAAAGGAUGAUAGGGAGAUGUGUUUUUUUUGUGUAAGUUUUCAAAUAAAUUGGCAUCAAGUGUAUUCUUGUUCAGGAUAAAUGAUAGGAAAUUUUUUUAAAAUAUUUAUAUAUACUCCUGAAUGAAUUCGCUUAACUUGUCCCUGUAAGUCUGUGUUCCUCUCUCAAAAUUUCUUCUUCCCACUUAAAUUCUUCUUCCUCUCUCAUCAAUAGAUUGUCCUUUUCUUUAUUUUUGUCUUUUGUUUAUCACUCCUACGCUUGAAUUUUCAGUCAUUAUAAAAACUUAUCCUUAAAUAAUUGAUACAAAUUAUCGACAAAGUAGGAAUUUCUUAUAUUUUCAGCAUACUGAAGCCAUUUAAUCCGUUGUUCCGGUUGCCAUUCCAACUCCCCAUCUUUCUUCCCACUCCAUCGUUUCAACUUCAUUAUCUAUCAUCGAACUUUUAUCUACCUUUUAAUCUUAAUACCCCCACCUUUUUUUUAAAGCACAGUAAUUAUAAACAGAUGCUAUUUCUUAGAAGAAUAAAAGUAAUUCUCUUA